CAUUGGCAAGCGUUUUGAAGCGUAAAGAAAAAACAUCAACACGUGCCGGGUGCAUCCAUUCAAAAUUUGCACAAUCGUAUUUGAUUUAUAUUUAUAUUUUUAACGAUCAACGACUGCAUAAAGAUUCCUGGUUUGCAUUUUUGUAGUUGGUUAUUAUCAGAGGAAAUAAUGGCGGGAUCCAGCGAUGCCCAACUGCAAAUCAAACUCGUCACAAAGCAAUCGACAUAUGCUGUGCCUGAUAUUCCGUAUUCAGUUCCCUCAGAAAUCGUUUGUGGCGAGCUGAAUUCUCUCGUCAACGAAUUAUUGACAGAAACUCAUGGUGGCGCUGUGGUUGAGUUCGAUUUUCUCGUCGGCGGAGAACUGUUACGGACACAUCUGUCUGAACAUUUAUCAGAGAGACAGGUUUCUGCCGAAGAAGUUGUCCUUGUUGAAUACGUCGAAAGGUUCCCAGCCCCAGAACCACAAGACUGCCUUGAACAUGAUGACUGGGUGUCUGCCACUCAGGCCAGUGGGGAAUGGAUUUUGUCUGGAAGCUACGACAGCACAUUACAUUUGUGGAGUCGCAAGGGAACACACCUACUCACAAUUCCAGGACACACAGGAGCCGUCAAGGCGGUAGCUUGGGUAGAAACUGCAGACAAAAUUUGUUCCUUUGUUAGUGCUUCUCAAGACCAAACUGCAAUGAUUUGGCAGUGGAAUCAGACAUCCAACUCGGUCGAGUGUGUCCACGUUUUGAGAGGACACGAUAGGGGGCUGGAGUGUCUGGCCGUUGACCCCACUCGCACUUACAUUGCCACUGCUGGCUGGGACAAGGUCAUUCACUUGUGGUCGACUGUCGAAGGACUCAGCGAGGGAGAAUCAUUUCCAAAAAAGAUUAAAUUUGAUUCCAAAGUAAUUUUGCAACAACUUUUCAUUGGGUUGAAAAAAAAAAUCAUAUUUUGCAUUCUGCAGUCACCUCUGAUGAGCUUCCAAGGACACAAAGAAGCCAUUUCUGCAGUGCAGUGGUCGGAGGAGGGAGAAAUGAUCAGCGCCUCUUGGGACCACACAAUCAAAACGUGGGACGCAGAGCUGGGCGGCAUCAAAGUGGAAAUCGUAGGCAACAAGAGUUUCUUUGACCUCUCUUGGUCACCGCUGACCAGAACUGCAAUCACAGCCUCUGCCGACAGACACGUCCGACUGUACGACCCAAGAUCAACAGAGGGAACCUUGGUGAAAUCAACAUUCACUUCGCACACCGAGUGGGUGCAGUGUGUCAAAUGGUCAACGACCUCCGAGUACCACUUCAUCUCUGGCUCUUACGACAAGCAGGUUAAACUUUGGGACACGAGAAGCCCCAAGGCUCCACUUUUUGAUAUGUCUGGUCACCAGGAUAAAGUUCUCUGCUGUGACUGGUCGAACCCAGAGUUGAUUCUCUCAGGGAGCUCAGAUAACUCGUUGCGGAUUUUUAAAUCUCAGCAUGUGCUGUAGCCCUGUGAUCACAGUAUUUGCUUUCAAUAUUUUCUCAAGCGGUGAAAGUAAACGAAACUACAAGAUAAUUCAAAUUUUGCAUUUUAUUUUGAUUAAUGAGAAAAUUGACGCACUUGAAAAAUUUAUUUAUUAGACACAAAUUACAUUUGAGAUAGAGUGACUUUAUAUUAAACACACUGGACUGAUCAUUCGUCGUCUUCAUCGAUGGCCUGGUCAGCCUCCAUGCCCAUUUCACCUCUCUGUAGGUAUUCAGAGAUCAAGUCACGCACAUUUUUCGAAGCUUCGUGAAACUCUUCCAAGUCCAUUCCUUCCCCAGUAUACCAGUGAAGGUAGGCUCUUUUUGCAAACAUAGCCUCAAACUGGUUCACCAGUCUUCUGAAAACUUCUGCGAUAGCCGAGUUGUUCCCAAUCACUGUUGCCGACCUGUAAUAAUCAAAAUAAAAGCUGUUAAUAAUUAAUCCACGCCAAGUUAUUGGACAA